AUGCCCCAUUUCUUUAGUGAAUCCUCUGUUGCUUUUCUAGAGCGUUAUCAGUUUAUUCCGCGAAGAAGGGAAGGCCGUCAUGCAGACAAGCGUGCCGUACCCACGGAUGGACUCUCCUUAAUGGAUGUGAUGCUUCACACCAACAGCAUCUUUACUAUUUUCUUCCGACUACGAAAGAUGUAUGGACAUGCUGAAGAAGAAGAAGAAGUAGUAGUAGGAAGAAUGGUAUCUUCCACAGAGACUGAAAUGGAGAAUCUCUCACAUAUGGCCCGUCACCUGCAAGCAGAUAUGGCAGAUUUUGAUGUUGGUCUCUCGGAGGAGGUACUGGCACCUACAUUACUUUCCUUUUUGGAUUUUUACCUUGACCACAGUACAACCUUGACGAGUUUACAUCAAACACUGCGUGCCUUCUUUGAAACGACUCCUUAUAUCAGUGAAUUAGAAGAUAACAUAGAUACAGAAACUCCAUUUCAUUCAAAUAUUGCUCUCCUUUUCUUUAAACUAGCGAAAGCACUUCUGUAUAGUCAAACCAUAAAAUAUGCACCACUUGAAGUGUCAAAUGAAGUAGUAACUUGUGAGCCACCCCUACUUCCAUGGUUGUAUUCGAUUGCAGAAUAUACUACAGUAAUGCCGACAUGGUAUUGGAGGACAGCGCAGCAUCCACGCACCACAUGUCUUCUUAUUAAGAAGGUGAAAGUCCAUCGCGGUAGAAGUAAUAAUAACAAUAAUAAUAGUACUAGUAGUAGUUCUUGUAAAGAUAUAAUUAAUAAUGAUGAGGAUGCUAUCACUUUUUCACAUCUCUUUCAACGGGUUCCACGGAAGCGGUGCCGCAUAGAGUAUGGCUUUGAUAUAAGUUCUACAGGAGAAGAGCAUAUAAAAGAUCGUCCUGCUUAUUCUCCUGGUAUUCUUCCCUUACCGUAUGAUGUACAAAAGAUGAUACUUGAGUAUCUCUCUCCUCGAGCACUCUCCGCUGCAAUUUCAGUCUGUGUUCUUUGGCGACGCCUUAUACGACGCUCUGCCACUAUGUGUUUCUAUCUUCGUGCUAGUCACAUUAUCACAAGAGAAUUUUUUAAGUUUAUGAGGGAUGACUGGGGACAAGCAUGGAUACGCGUAAAUGAAUUAACAACAGUACAACGAUUGAACCUUAAUUAUAUGCUUUUGGGUCAGUUUGAACGUCACCUACAACAGUGGCGAGAAUCUAUUCCAUCACUUGAAGAUUUUGUAAUUCAUCUCUAUAAUGAGCGGGGUCCCAAAAGUUGUGAAUGGAAGAUGUUAGAAGGAAUGUGGAGUGCCAUUGAAAUGGAAAUCAAAAUCUUUCCAUUUAUGGCUCUUCGUAAUGCUGAAUUUCCCACACUUCUUUACAAUGGAUCUUCUACAUGUUUAUGUGGGAAACUUUCACAGAUGGUAACUUUAUCACAGUUGAGGCAAUUACUGUUAUGGAUGCGUUGUACAGAACGUAUUGCUUCUCCUCUAUUGGUUGAACUGGCAGUACAGAGGUCGUUGCUUCUUGGUGCAGCAAACCAAUCUCCACCCACCACACCCUGA